GGAGUGGCCUCGCACAGAGUGGGCUCCUUUCCUCCUUCCAACGCGUCAGUUGCGCGUCCACGUUGCCCUUUUUCCCGCUGCCAGAAUCCCACCAUCCACCCCAACCCCUUUCCCCCCCUGCUGCAUCCAUCAUCCAUGCUCCUCAUCGGGUCACUCUUCAUAUGCGAGCUUGCCAAACCACGCCGCUGAGGCAAUAUCUUUCGCGUUGGCGGCCACUUUCAUGUAUACCGUCCGCCCGUUGCAGAUAUCCAGCCAGUAGAGCCAGUGUUGGGCAUCAUCCACGGCCUCAGACGAAAACGGGUGGAAAGUAACCUACAGCCCAAUCGUCUCGCACGCAGCAGGCUGGUGGGGAGAUACAGAGAGAGUCGUUUACAGCAUCCUAGGCAAAAAGACCCACACCCCGCGGCGGGCUGCGUCGUAAGGUCAUCAUCAUCCCAAGAUGCUUUCCACCGAGGUGACACCCGCCAUUGACGACAGGGCAGCGGACGCUCAACCGCCCACGAAGGAGAAGGACUCCCCAAAAAGCAACACCAGCAGCCGCAACAGCCCCCGACUCCUCAACCCCGCCGCCCCACCCUAUGAACCGCUUGCCACCUCGCUAUCACACACCGCUCACCCCUACCUCCCCCAAACCGUCGCUACAGCCGAGGGCGGCUACAUCCCAAACACCUAUUACCACUGGCCCUCCCCCGCACCACCCAUCGCCCCACCCGCCGAAGCCACCGCCUACCACUACCCGCCCCCGGGCCCUCCCACCCAUCAACAGUUCUCGGAACUCACAAUCGCCUCCCUGCCCCGUGCGCGCGGCAAUGGACCCGCUGCGACCAAGAUUAAGGAUCCGGCGGCGUUGGCGGCGUUGGCGAGACCGGUGAGACCAAAUGUGGGGGUUAGGGGACGACUGGUGAAGUUGAGGGCGAAUUUUUAUAAAUUGGGGUUUGAGGAUAUUCGGAUUCAUCAUUAUGACGUCGAAGUCCACCCCAACGACAUGGCGCAAAUCAACCGCAAAGUAAUGGAAGUGUGGAAACGCACGCCUCGCUCCCCACAGCUCGCCGCCAUCGCCGCGACUGCCGUAUACGACGGGCGCAAGAACCUCUUCAUGCCACAGAACUUCCCACUGGCGAAUAAUGUCACUGUGCGUGGGAAGACGAGGCCAGAGGAGACGUUUGUGGUGGAGCUGCCCGAGGAGGAGGUUGUGGAGAGUAUGGGAUGUCAUCCGAAGAAUAGAGGGCCCCAAAAGUACAAACUCCGCCUUCGCAAAGUCGCCGAAAUCCAAAUGUCGCGUCUGCACGCCUUCCUCUCCGGCGCGACCCCGGACUUCCCGCGCGAGACCGUCAUGGUCCUCGAAGUCAUGCUGCGGCACCGCCCGACGCUGCUCCUCGAGGCAGGCAGCACGGGCGGCGGGUUCUAUACCUCCGACGGCGCGAUUGAUAUUAGGGGAGGGAUUGCGGUGCAUCCGGGGUGGUUUCAGAGUAUUCGGGCGACGAAGGGACAGUUGUUGUUGAAUCUGGAUGUUUCGAGUACUACGUUUUAUCAGACUGGCCCCCUCCUGACAGUCGUCUCCCACUUCUUCCAACGCGACCACAUCACCCACGUCUCCCUCUCCUCUCCCCGGGACCACACCCGCCUCGACAAAUUCCUGCGGGACCUCUCCAUCGAAAUCACUUACCGCACCACCGGCCGCCGGCGCUACAAAAUCAAAGCCCUGACCCCCAAAUCCGCCCUCCUCACCUACAUUACCACCACCAACACCCUCACCAACACCACGGCCUACGUCUCUGUCGAACAGUACUUUCGGGAACAUUAUAAUAUUAGAUUGUGUUACCCGCAGCUGCCGUGUGUGGCCACCGGCGCGAAUUUGGAUAUUAUUAUUCCGAUGGAGCUUUGUGUUGUGAGGCCGAAUCAGAGACAUACGGCAAGGUUGAAUGAGCGGCAGGCGGCGGAGAUGGUGAGGGUGACCGCGCUGCUGCCGAAACAGAGGUCGUAUCGGAUCGAGCAGGGGAAGAGAAUAAUGCACAACGACAUCCCCCACCUCGAAGCCUGGGGCGUGACCCUCAAACCGCACAUGAUGGAGAUCCCCGGACGUAUCCUCCCGCCGCCGUCGCUGUCGUUCCAGCCCAACGAGGACCCCGCGCAGGAGGGGACCGAGGAGACGGUGACGGAGGUGCCGGACAUGGGGAAUUGGAAGAUUGAGGGGGGGUUGAAGUUUGCGAGGGGGGCCAGUUUACGGUUUUGGUCAAUAGCAGUCUUCGGCGACCAACGCGAGAUCCCCGUCGCGACCAUCCAAUCCUUCGUCCUCCUGCUCAUCGACGCCAUGGAGAAAAAGGGCAUGACCGUGCACAACACGCGGCCGGAGAUUGUGUAUGGCCCUGCAAGGAGUGAGGUGGGCGCUACGCUCCAUUUGGCGGCUGAUCGCGCGUUGAUGGAUGUUGGAGAGGGAGAAGGGAUGAUUAGGCCGAGUGAGGUGCAGUUGGUGAUUUGCGUUAUUAGUCACAAACAUACGAUCUACAGCGACAUCAAGCGCAUCUCGGAGACCGAAAUGGGCCUGAUGACCCAAUGCGCCAUGUCGCGUCAAGUCAUGAAACUCGACCAGGGCUACAUCGGCAACCUCCUCCUCAAACUCAACGCCAAGCUCGGGGGUGUCAACGUCUUCCUCGAUCCCUUACGUCAACUCCGCUGUCUCAACGGGCCCAGUACCCCUUGCCACGACACCGGCAAAGGCACGGCAACCAAAGAACACCUCCACACAUCCUACCCCAACCACCAAACCUUCCUCCCCACCAUGAUCUUCGGCGCCGACGUCACCCACCCACCCCCCGGCACCGUCGAAGGCCGCUCCAUCGCCGCCGUCGUCAGCAGCAUCGACUCCAAAUUCUGCGAGUACCGCGCCUCGAUCCGGAUCCAAGGCUCACGGCAAGAAAUCAUCACCGACCUGUACUCAAUGACACACGAGCUCCUCGACCUCUUCCACGAGCGCAACGGCACAUACCCCAAAAAAAUCAUCUUUUAUCGCGAUGGCGUUUCCGAGGGACAGUUUACGGAGGUUGCUGUGCAGGAGAUUCAGAGCUUGAAGAAGGCCGUGAGGGAUAAGGGGUGUGAGGGGUGUGGGGUGACCUUUCUUGUGGUGAAUAAGAGGCAUCAUGUUAGGGUGUUUCCGGUUGUGCCGCCCGGGGGGGACCGCGGGGCGGAGGCGGCGAGGGGACGGCCGGUGUGUGAUCGGAAGGGGAAUGUGGUGCCGGGGACUGUCGUUGAUUCCGAUAUAUGCCACCCAACAGAAUUCGACUUCUACCUGACCUCGCACGCUGGGUUACAAGGCACGUCCAAACCGGCACACUACCACGUGCUGUACGACGAGAACCGGUUCACCGCGGACGAUAUGCAGGAGCUCACUUACCGGCUGUGCUAUCUAUACGCCAGGAGUUCACGCUCCGUCAGCAUCGUCCCGCCCGCGUACUACGCACACCUCGUCGCAGCACGCGCCCGCUGCCACGCGGCGUCGGCCGCACACAACAGCCGCCCGGCGGGGCCGUUUGAACAUGACGCGGAUGCCGCCGGCGCUGCCGCGCGCGGGAAGAAGAGGGUCGGCGUCAUGCAGAUUGCGCGUGUUUCGGAGGAGUUGCAGAAGAAGAUGUAUUUCACGUAGCGAUCGGUCGGGUUCGAGAUGUGCGUGUGGCUGUCGACGUUGUGGUUGGAGGGACACUUUCUUUGGGAGUCGGAGUUUGAUGCUGCUCUUGGAUCUGGACAUAUACCCCCCGCCCCCUGUUAUACCCUCUUCUUUCCCCGCCCCCACGGCUGAUGUGUUGUUUACCGGACGUUUUUUGAUGCCUUGGUAGCGUUAAUGAUUUUGGUCGGGAUAGUUUGUAUUGAUUGUUUUUGUGAAAGAUUUUAU